AUGCGAUUCAAAAUAAAUAAAAAUAACAUUGUCAUUCAUCAAAUAUUAAAGUAUUUACGAAAUAUAAAUAAUUAAACAACACUUCCCAAAUACAGUCUAAUUAUUUUAUUUCCCAUCCGUCCUCACACAUAUUAACUGUUUUGUUUCUUCUACCAAUUACUGUGUGAAAAGUAUUAGUAUAACUGACGUCCAAACCAAGAUUUCUGAUUAUUCAAUGAUCUCCCGUAUAAAAGCCCAUCUGAUAUUUAAGAAUAUUUCGAGAAUCUCGUUGUUUAUCGUGUAAUUGGUUUCCAAUCUGAAGAAAAGGCCUCGACUGAAGCCUGCACGUGCACGCGCACGCACACACACUCUCUAUAACAUGGCACGAUUGACUGAGAUAUAAAAGCAGAGUAAACUGAGUGAGAUGGCGAUGAGAUUUACUCAGUGAUUGGGAAUGGAAGAACUGAUCAGUAGUCAGUCAGACGUUGUUGGUAGACUGGCAUUCAAAUACAUGGAGAUGUGUAAAGUAGACUCCAGCUCAGACUCAGAGUCCGAGUCAAACCCGAGAUGGUCUGAUGUCAGCAGCAAGGGCUGUGAGAGCAGUGCUCCAGAAGCUCCUCAGAAACUCCAGCGCUUCACUGGACAUCACUACCAGCAGAGCCUGGAUCCCUACGAUGGAAGUUCUGAAGACUCUGGUUCUUCUGCUGAAGGGUCAAAGAAGCAAAGGCUGGGCGGGCUCCGGGUGAAAGGGACGAGCCGUCGAUCUGCUCCUGGAGAAGUGAGGUCGAGGUCAGAUGCUGCAGAUGUUCAGAUGCGGUCAUCCAGCGACUCGGAGCAGGAGACGCCGGGCCAGAGCUUCUGCUCUUCCUGUAAGACCCUGACGAGUGUGAAAGCAGAUCUGUCUGACUCCGGCUUCAACACCAGAUCCUCCCUGAACUCUCCUGCGGUGACCUCCACCAGAGACACCGGGUCUCCAGACAGUCCUGCUCUCCAGGGAGCGUUCUCCAAGAGGAAGUUCUUCCCUCCUCCGGGUGAUGUGGACGACGGGAUGCAGAGGAAGAGGCAGUGCAUCAGUGAUAUGGAGCUGGAGAGCGUGGCUUUUUGAGGACUUCAGAUUCACCGCAUGUGUGGCUUUGUUUAGUCGUUUGGAAAUAGAGACUCUAAUAAGACUCUAAUAUUUGUUAAAACCCAUUGAGAAGAGUUCUUCAUUCCCGACUUCAGGUGCAACACAAUAAAUCAAGACUAAUAAACCUAACCUUUAUUCAUGAGUUCUGAGUAAAUUGCUCACGGGUUUCAUCUGUUUUUCUUUAUGAACAGCGAGUGGCCAUCUAUAUAACUACAGUCUAAAGUAAUAUAGAUCUAUGUUUUCGUCAGGAAGCUGAUGUAAUGAUGAAUAAUGUCUGCAGAACACAGAUAUUAGUUUCUCUUCUCAUAAGGAUGAAUGCAGUGGACGGAUUUAUUUUAUUUGGAUCCAAAGAGAGAAGAACAUCUGAAGAACUCCUGUUCCGUGUUAAUGUUUGUAGACCAUGUUCAUAUAGAUUUUUUCAUUUGAAUUUCACUUGUUUCAUAAACCUUUUCAAUAUCAUGACCCAGUCUGCAGAAGCACAUCUGGAAGUUGAGUGUAUGUGCGGUUCUUUAUUGUGCACAGCAUCAUGGGGUGAAAAUAAAGUCUGUGUUUCUCUGGACUGUGUGGUGUGUGAGAGGAAGCCAAGCAUCACACAGAGCUUCAUCUGAACCUAUAAUCACAGUCAGAAUCAGAUCUGGAGCUCUGAGAGGUUCUGGAAGUGUUAGUCCUGA